AUGAGCAAGCGAAGAAUGAAGCCGCCUGCAGGUGUCCGGUGGCUCCUGUCAACACUUGCUCUCUGCUCCCUAAUGAAUCAAGCAGAUGGCCAGAAGAGGGGGUCCCCUCGGGAGCUGAAGUGUGUGACUAACAAUUUUGACAUAUGGGACUGUUCCUGGAAUAUGCCCUCUGGAACAAGUCAUGGGACCCAGUACGAAAUCUGCGUUGAAGACAGGUCCCGUUCUUGUUAUCAUUCUGAGAAAGCGAAUGUUAAAAUCCCAGCUCUUUCAACUGGUGAUCACAUAGUAACCAUUAGUUCUCACAGCGAUUUGGGGAGUUCUAGAAGCAGAUUCACACUAAAUGAAAAAAAUGUUUCCUUCAUUCCAGAUCCCCCCGAGAUCUUGAAUGUGUCUGCAGAUUUCUCAACCUCCACAUUAUCUCUGCAGUGGAAUGACAGGGGCUCCGUCACUCCCCACCGCUCGGCUGUCACCUGGGAGAUCAAAGUGCUCCGGAAACAGAGUUUGGAGCUCGUCAAAUUAGCAACCUACAACACAACCCUAAGUGGUAGAGAUAAACUUCAUCAUUGGAAUUGGACCUCGGACAUGCCGUUGGAGUGCGUCACUCACUUUGUGACAAUCAGACGCUACAUUGAUGACCUUCAUUUCUCUGGUCACAAAGAGUGGAGUGAUUGGAGCCCAGUGAAGAACGUUUCUGGGAUUUCUGAUUCCCCCACCAAGGUUUUCCCUCAAGACAGAGUGGUACUAAUAGGCUCAGAUGUAACGUUUUGUUGUGUAAGUAAAGAAAAAGUGUUGUCAGCACAGAUCGGCCAAACAAUUUGUCCCCUGAUUCAUCUUGAUGGAGAAAACGUUGCUAUCAGGAUCCAUAAUAUUUCUGCUUCUGCAAACAGUGGAACUAACGUGGUCUUCACAACAGAAGAUAACAUAUUUGGAACCGUGAUUUUUGCAGGAUAUCCACCCGACGUCCCUCAGAAACUGAGCUGUGAGACACACGACCUACGGGAGAUCACGUGCACCUGGAGCCCGGGGAGAGCGACGUCACUGGUGGGCCCGCGGAACACCAGCUACACCUUGUCUGAAAGUUUUUCAGGAAAGUAUGUCAGAUUUAAAAGAGUUGACGCGCCUAUAAAUGAAAGCUAUCAGUUGUUAUUUCAAGUGGUUCCAAGUCAGGAGAUCUACAACUUCACCUUGAAGGCUCGCAACCCGCUGGGGCGGUCAGAGACGGCGCUCUCCGUUAACAUCACCGAGAGAGUACAUCCUCACACGCCUACUUCAUUCAGAGUGAAGGAUGUGAACUCCACAGCUGUCAGGCUUACUUGGCGAUUGCCUGGCAACUUUGCAAAAAUCAAUCUGUUAUGUCAAAUCAAAAUUAACAAACCCAACUCAGUACAAGAAUUGCGGAAUGUCAAAAUCAGAGGAGUAGAAAACUCAAAUUACCUCAUUAUUGUGGACAAGUUAAAUCCAUAUACAAUAUAUUCUUUUUGGAUCCGUUGUUCUACUGAAACUUUCUGGAAAUGGAGCAAAUGGAGCAAUGAAAAACAGCAUUUAACCACUGAAGCCAUUCCUUCAAAGGGGCCAGACACUUGGAGAGAGUGGAGUUCUGAUGGAAAGAAUCUGAUCAUCUAUUGGAAGCCUUUGCCCAUUAAUGAAGCUAAUGGGAAAAUACUCUCCUAUAACGUAUCCUGUUCGUCCGAGGAAGAAACCCAGUCCCUCUCAGAGAUCCCUGACCCCCAGCACAAAGCAGAAAUGCAGCUUGGCAGACACGACUACAUCAUCAGUGUGGUGGCCAGGAAUUCUGUGGGCUCGUCCCCGCCUUCCCGAAUAGCCAGCAUGGAACUCCCGCAUGACAAUCUCCAAGUUGAGCAGGCUGUUGGGAUGGGCAGGAGGAUUUUCCUCACAUGGCGCCAGGACCCCAAUGUGACGUGCGACUAUGUCAUCAAGUGGUGCAACUCCUCCCGCUCUCAGCCUUGCCUCAUGGACUGGAAGAAAGUGCCUUCCACCAGCAACGAGACCGUGAUUGAAUCUGAUCAAUUUCGGCCAGGUGUGAGAUAUAAUUUUUUCCUGUAUGGAUGCAAAAAUCAAGGAUACCAGUUAUUACGUUCAAUAAUCGGAUAUGUAGAAGAAUUAGCUCCCAUCGUUGCACCAAAUUUUACCGUGGAGGAUACUUCUGCAGACUCAAUAUUAGUAAAAUGGGAAGAUAUUCCUGUGGAAGAACUUAGAGGCUUCUUAAGAGGAUAUUUAUUUUACUUUGAAAAAGGGGAGAGAGACACAUCCAAAAUGAGGAGUUUGGAAUCAGGUCGUUCUGACAUAAAAGUUAAGAAUAUUACCGACCUAUCACAGAAGACAUUAAGAAUUGCUGAUCUUCAGGGAAAAACAAGUUACCAUCUGGUCUUGCGAGCCUACACCGAUGGCGGGAUGGGCCCCGAGAAGAGCAUGUAUGUGGUGACAAAGGAGAAUUCCGUGGGCUUGAUUAUCGCCAUCCUCAUCCCCGUCGCAGUGGCCGUCUCCGUGGGAGUGGUGACCAGUGUCCUUUGCUACCGGAAGCGAGAAUGGAUUAAAGAAACCUUCUAUCCUGAUAUUCCAAAUCCAGAAAACUGCAAAGCACUACAGUUUCAAAAGAGCGUCUGUGAGGGAAGCAGUGCCUUAAAAACACUGGAAAUGAAUCCUUGCACCCCAAAUAACAUCGAGGUUUUGGAAAGUCGAUCCACGAUCCCUAAAAUAGAAGACACUGAAAUCAUUUCUCCAGUGGCAGAGCGCACCGAGGAGGGUGCGGAGGCAGAACCUGACAACCACGUGGUCGUGUCCUACUGUCCGCCCAUCAUCGAGGAGGAGAUCCCGACCCCGGCGGCGGAGGAGGCCGGAGGGCCUGCGCAGGUCGUCUACAUCGACGUGCAGUCCAUGUACCAGCCUCAGGCCACGCCCGAGGAAGGACAGGACGCCGAGCCCGCGCCGCCGGGGGCAGGCUACAAGCCACAGAUGCGGCUGCCCGUGAGCCCGGCCGUGGGAGAGCUGGCUCUGGAAGGGGACUUGGACAAGACUGCAGGUUACAGACCCCAGGCCAGCGUGAACACUUGGAAUCUGGUCUCCCCGGACUCUCCCAGAUCCACAGACAGUACCAGCGAGGUGGUGUCUUUCGGAAGCCCAUGCUCCAUCAAUUCCCGGCAGUUUCUGAUCCCUCCCAAAGACGAAGACUCUCCCAAGUCCGGAGGAGGAGGGUGGUCCUUCACAAACUUUUUCCAGAACAAACCAAAUGAUUAGCAGCAUUGCCCCAUUACCUGGGUCUGUCUGCCAUCUCAAUAAGCUCUUCCUGCCAGUGUCGGCACGCUGGCACUGGGCAUGCUGGGAGGGAUCCUGUGCGGCGUCCUCCGCGAGGCCAGCUUCCACUAAAGUCUUCAUCUGCUUGUCCUGUAGUCUAAAAGCCAAAGCAUAGCAACUCGGAACCCUCCGUCCACUAAGCUCGAGAUGUGGAGCGUUGGUAAGUGAGCCAAAGAACUGACAUGCCGCCAUCUUCCAGAAGCGAUUUCGGGCUG